AUGGAUGUCCACAUCCGUGGAUGGAUAUUGACAUCCGUUAAAGGACAAAUGGAUGUUGAUAUCCGUUCACGGAUGUUGACAUCCGAAUCGAGGGUCCACUCGCUCGACACUGUCACCAAACCAAAACCCGGCGGUUUCAGUUCCGGAAAAGCGGCCAAGAAGAAGAAGCAGCCGAAGGAUGACCCGAGGACGGUCGAAAACGGGCUUCGGUUCAAUUUCAUGGAGGAGCUCAUGGAUCGGGCCCGGAACCGCGACUCAAACGACGUGUCGGAAGUCAUAUACGACAUGAUCGCCGCGAGCCUCAACCCUGACCCUCGGUCAUUUCAUGGAUUGGUAGUGUCGCACACCCUCAACGGCCAUGAAGAAGCCGUGAUGGAAUCGUUGAGAAGAGAGUUGGCUGCAGGGCUUCAAUCGGUUCACGAGACAUUCAUGGCAUUGGUAAGGUUAUUUGGGUCUAAAGGUCGCGCAAUUAGAGGUCUCGAAAUACUUGGAGAUAUGCAAGACCUAUAUUAUGAUAUUCGCUAA